UCGUCCCGAUACAAGACCGAACUGUGCCGACCCUUUGAAGAAAAUGGACAUUGUAAAUAUGGUGAUAAGUGUCAGUUCGCCCAUGGUAAACAAGAAUUACAGAAUCUUGCUCGUCAUCCCAAAUACAAGACCGAUUUAUGCCGAACCUUCCACACAAUUGGUUUCUGUCCAUAUGGUCCAAGAUGUCAUUUUAUCCACAGCGAGGAAGAA